AUGCGUACCGUCCAGGCCGUUCUCGUGUCCCUCGUGGGCUUUGCCGCCGCUGGCAACAUUGGUCUCCGAACUCCUGGGGAUGCCGGCGUGCAGGGGUAUUCGGCUCCCAGCCUGCCUUCGUACCCUAUUGACCCGCCUAAGGAGCAUGAGUGGGAGCAUGAUGAGCAUGAUGAUCCUGAGUGGGAUGACAAGGACAAGGACGCCAAGGAGUAUGAUGAUGAGGAGAAGGACUAUGACGAUGAGAAGGACGCCAAGGAGUAUGACGAUAAGAAGGAAUAUGACGACAAGGACAAGGACGCCAAGGAGUACGAUGACAAGAAGGAAGGUGAUGACAAGAAGGAGGACGACAAGAAGGAGUGGGAUGGCAAGGACAAGGACGACGACAAGGACCACAAGUGGGAUGGCCACUGGGACGGCCAUGAGCAGUACCAGAACAAGUGGAAUCACACCAGCAAGGCGUGGGAGGCGUCCACCACCACAAAGGUUGUCUCCCACUACACCACGUACUGCCCGGAGCCAACCACCAUCACCGUCAACAGCAAGACGUACACCGUGACCAAGGCCACCACCCUCACCAUCACCGACUGCCCCUGCACCAUCGUCGAGCCCUGCCCUACCGAGACCGUCAAGCCCCCUCCCAAGUGGGAUGGCCAGAAGCCCGACGAUGGCAAGAAGCCCGAGGACGGCAAGAAGCCCGAAGACCACAAGGAGUGGGACGGCAAGAAGCCCGAGGAUGGCAAGAAGCCCGAGGGCGGCUGGGACAAGCCUCACGACCCCAACGGCCCUCCCCACCCUCCUCCCGUCGUCGUCAGCGGUGCUUCUUCCGGCAUGGUCCACAUCGGCGCCGCUGUCUUCGGCGCUCUCCUCGUCGGCGUCAUGGCCUUGUAA